AAUAUGGAAUUAGGAUUCACUUGUUGUCAUAUCUUUGGUAUUUAUCAUGAGCCACAAUCGACCUUUUGUUGCAAACCACUUUCUCCAACUACUUUUUUGAAAAAUAGACGUGCACUUCAUUGGUUACCAAGAUUAGCUGUUCAAGAUGGAUCAUCCCGAUUGAAACACAGCCAUGCCAGUUGGAGUAUGAUGAAGGAAUCAAGUAUCAAUCAAGAUGCACAGAAUAAAGCAACAAGAGUCGAUCAGGACCAACAAACUGGAAAUAUUUCAUAUCAAAAACCUACUAGAAAUAGAAGUGCAGCUUUAGUAGGUACCCAACCCGGUGCUCAAGACUGGAGUAAGCGUGCUGCUGCUCGUUCCAUGUUGAGAGCCAUUCAGUUCAAAGACGAAGAUUUUGAAAAACCGAUCAUCACAAUUGCUUCCACUUUUACCAACGCUACUCCUUGCAACGCUCAUAUGGAUCAACUGGGAGAUAAGUUGUUGGCUACUGUAGAGUCGUUGGGUGCAAAAGGUUUCAUAUUUGGUACUCCUGUGAUAUCCGACGGAGAAACUAUGGGAACUAGUGGAAUGCGUUAUUCGUUGGUGAGUAGAGACUUGAUUGCGGAUUGCAUAGAAUGUAUGCAUGAAGGAUACUUAGCAGAUGGUAUGUUGACACUUGGAGGUUGUGACAAGUCUAUUCCCGGAGCACUGAUGCCUAUAUUGAGGACUAAUGCUUAUGGGGUCUUUCUUUACGGCGGUUCUAUUCAACCUGGAAAUCUGAAUGGAGAAAACCUCACCGUCAUUUCUACUUUUGAAGCUAUUGGGUCUUAUUCUUCUGGAAGAAUAGAUGAACAACAAUUGAAAAGAAUAGAAGAACGUGCUUGUCCUGGCCCAGGUUCUUGUGGUGGAAUGUAUACAGCAAAUACAAUGGCAUCUGUGAUAGAAGCCAUGGGCUUAAGUAUCCCUUAUUCCGCAUCCCAUACGGCAAUGACAAAAGACAAUCAACUUUCUCCUGAAAAGUUGCGAGACUGUGAAGAAUCAGUGAAAGCAUUGUUUACUUGUAUGAAGAACAAUAUCCGAGCUCGAGAUAUUUGUACCCAAAAAGCAUUUGAAAACGGUAUCACAGUGAUGAUGGCAUUGGGAGGGUCGACCAACGGUGUGUUGCAUUUGUUGGCAUUGGCACACGAAGCACAAGUGGAUUUGGAUAUUGAAGACUUUAACAGGAUUGGAGAACGAGUACCUUUAUUGGGAGACUUUAAACCUUCAGGAAGAUACGUGAUGGCUGACUUGGAUAAGAUUGGAGGCAUUCCUAUGGUGAUGAAAUAUCUAUGGAAACAUGGCCUUAUUCAUGGAGAUUGUAUGACAGUUACAGGAAAGAGAAUAGAAGAGUUGUUAGCGGAUGCUCCUGAUUUACCUGGGACAGAUCAUGCAACUCCUAGUGUCAUACUUCCGAUAGAAAAGGCUUUGGCCCCCGCAGGUCAGCAUAUCAUCAUCAUGAGAGGAAAUUUGGCUCCCGAAGGUGCGGUGAUCAAGUUGAGUGGAAAGGAAUUGGAAAUCCAUCGUGGUCCAGCUCGAGUAUUCAAUUCGGAAGAGGAAGCUCUAGAUGCCAUUUUAACUGGAAGAAUAGUAAAGAAUGAUGUAGUUGUGAUACGUUAUGAAGGACCAAAAGGAGGUCCUGGUAUGAGAGAAAUGUUAUCACCUUCUUCAGCCAUCAUGGGUUCCGGUUUAGGAAAGGAUGUUGCGUUGAUCACGGAUGGUCGGUUUUCAGGUGGGACUCAUGGAAUUAUGGUUGGUCAUGUUACUCCAGAAGCUGCUGUAGGUGGUCCUAUUGCAUUGGUUGAGGAAGGGGAUAUCAUAUGUUUGGAACCAAGGAAAAAGUUGAUGACAUUGGAAGUAGAUGAAAGAGAGUUGGAACGAAGGAGAAAGCAAUGGAAACAAGUUAAUAAGUUGCCACAACAAGGUUUGUUGAAAAAGUAUGCUAAAACAGUUUCUAGUGCUAGUAAAGGCGCCAUAACUGAUGCAUAAUAUAACCAUAAAAUGGAAACUUUUCCG